CAGGCCCUUCUCAGCCCAAUCUGGACAUCACCCAACAGAAAAACCUUGUAGAUACUGAAAUGACUACUCCUAUUAUCAAAUUAGAAAAUACACAAACUGACAACAAAAUAGAAACUGACACAGCCUCAACUAUAUCUGCACAGCAAGAAAGUUCUAAUACACGUUCAUACAGCCAAGUAACUAAACAAAACCUGAUAAACAACACAAUGCAGAUAGACGAGGACCCAACUCAGAAAUGGUUAGAACACAUAUACAAAGAACUAACAAAAGAAAUCACACAGCCCUUUGAUGACAACACAUGGCACUAUGAUAAACUGAUUACUGACCAAAAGGCUCCCCUGAAACCCUCAAAAUAUUACAUCAACAUUUUACAGUCAAAACUAUACCAAACUCCAUUUUAG